ACAACUUCAAUAGAGAGGACGUGAUACUCUGUGUCUUGCCCAAGUUCCACAUCUACGCCCUAAACUCCAUUAUGCUAUGUAGUCUCAGAGUCGGUGCCACUAUUUUGAUCAUGCCCAAAUUCGAGAUCACUCUCUUGCUAGAGCAGAUCCAGAGGUGUAAAGUUACAGUGGCUAUGGUCGUGCCACCGAUCGUUUUGGCCAUGGUGAAGUCUUCGGAGACGGAGAAGUAUGAUCUGACCUCGGUGAGGAUGAUUAAGUCAGGUGCGGCUCCUCUUGGUAAGGAGCUUGAAGAUACCAUUAGUGCUAAGUUUCCUAACGCAAGGCUUGGUCAGGGCUAUGGAAUGACGGAGGCAGGUCCGGUGCUAGCAAUGUCACUAGGGUUCGCGAAAGAGCCGUUUCCGGUGAAAUCAGGAGCAUGCGGUACAGUCGUCAGAAACGCCGAGUUGAAGAUCGCUGAUCCAGACACUGGAAGUUCCCUUCCUAGGAACAGUCCCGGAGAGAUAUGCAUCCGCGGCCACCAAAUCAUGAAAGGCUACCUCAAUGACCCGGUGGCCACAGCAGCAACGAUAGACAAAGAAGGUUGGCUUCACACCGGAGACAUUGGAUUUGUCGACGAUGACGACGAGCUUUUCAUUGUCGAUCGCUUGAAAGAGCUUAUCAAGUACAAGGGAUUCCAGGUGGCUCCGGCGGAGCUCGAGUCUCUCCUCAUCUCUCACUCGGACAUCAAUGAUGUUGCAGUGGUCGCCAUGAAAGAAGACGAUGCUGGUGAGGUUCCUGUUGCUUUUGUGGUGAGAUCCAAAGAGUCAAAUUUAUCAGAAGAUGAAAUUAAGCAAUUUGUGUCAAAACAGGUUGUGUUUUACAAGAGAAUCAACAAAGUUUUCUUCACUGACUCCGUUCCUAAAGCUCCAUCAGGGAAGAUAUUGGGGGUAAUUGGUAGUUGCUGUAGGUGCUGUCCACGGCUCUAUUUAUUUCUACAGCACCAAAUUCAGAGCAAUCAAGCUUUAAAUUUUUUUUUGAAACCACAGCUAUUGAAAUAACCUACAGCUGUACAAGUGUUUUGCAGAGCCAAAUAUCCAAAGCAAUUUUUUAGUGCUUUCC